CUGGCUAGCUUCAAUGACCCUGUCAAACUCUAGGAAAUCCUUCACUAAUCUCCCCCCCUCCCUCCCCCACAUGGCCGCUCUGACUGGUCACCUGUACUGUAAUUAGAUCUUCAGCCUGCGCACCAUUGUCUCUAAUGGAUUUUGAAAGCUCUUUUCGUUGUUCGCCAUUUGUUUCAUGGAAAAAAUAACUCUACUGACUCUCAAUGAAUCCGGAUGUUGUUUUUCCUAGUAUCUCCUCGAUGUGAGCGUUUCGGGUGCAUUCGGUGACAACAUGCGUCGACUUCUUUGUGUGCAUGUACUCCUAUGCUGCCUCAGUAUGGCUCAUCCCUUCUGUCCAUCCCAGUGUACCUGUGUCUUCCAUGGACGUACCGAUGGAGCAGGAACAAGAUCUGUGCUCUGCAAUGAUCCAGACAUGUCUGACAUCCCUGUCAAUGUCCCUGUGGAUACAGUCAAACUUCGAAUUGAGAAAACUGCAAUACGGCGAAUCCCGACAGAAGCUUUUUACUACCUAGUGGACCUGCGAUACCUGUGGAUUACCUAUAAUUCCGUAACCUCAGUGGAUACUGCGAGUUUCUACAACCUAAAAGUGCUCCAUGAGCUGCGGCUGGAUGGAAAUAUGAUCUCUAUCUUCCCUUGGGAGUCUCUCAAAGAGAUGCCUAGGUUGAAGACACUGGAUCUUCACAACAACAGACUCACUAAUGUUCCCGCCGAGGCGAUCCCCUACCUCCUCAACAUCACCUACUUGGAUCUAUCCAGCAACAAAUUUUCCACCCUGCCCUCUGAUCUCAUGGAUAUCUGGCCACCCUUCAACGGACUACCUGUCUCUACUAAUGCCUCUCAGAAAGUUGUGUUAGGGCUCCAGGACAAUCCCUGGAUCUGUGACUGCAAAAUCUCCAAGCUGAUAGAGAUGUCCAAAAUGGCUGACACACCAGUGGUUUUGAUGGAUCUAUUCUUAACUUGCGCUGGACCAGAGAAUCUGGCAGGUGUCCUUUUUCAGCAGGCUGAACUUGACAACUGCGUAAAACCAUCAGUGAUGACGUCUGCAACCAAGAUCACAUCUCCUUUAGGCAGUAAUGUUCUCCUGCGUUGUGAUGCCACAGGUUUUCCAACACCAACUCUUUACUGGGCCAAGUCAGACGGCUCACCAGUCAACAACACAGUCCAAGAGUCACCAGGGGAUGGUAUCAGGUGGUCCAUCAUGAGCUUACAUGGGAUAGUGUACAAAGAUGCUGGAAACUACAGUUGUAAAGCCAAGAAUGUUGCUGGCAAUGCAGAAGCCACCAUCUCCCUCUCAGUUGCUGGUACUUUCAGCACCACCAUCCCUCCACCAAGGCCCAGCACUGGAACUGGACCAACCAGCCUGGGAACAACGUUUAUUCCUCCAACUGAUGUUACCGGCUCACUCUUCGUCACGUCCACAGUCCUCCCAAGAACAUCAACCGUAUCUGCUGUCCCUAGGAAGCCAAAAACUACUCCCAGCAGUGGUUUACAGAAAGGCUCACUGAAGCAAACAAAAAGCCAGCAAGGAGGAAAUGGAAGAAAACUUGCAGCAGAUGAAAAGAGCAAGAAAAGUGAUGCAUCAAAGUCUGUUAAGGAUCUAAAGAUUGUAGAGGAAACGGCUGACAGUGCAGUGUUGCUCUGGACUGCAGAUGGGUUACCAAAUGAGGCCCCGCUUACAGUUGUAUAUUCACCAUACGGUGAGGAUGACAGUAAGAGGACAGUGGAGACUAAUGCUGGCAGUGGAAAAGUGCUCCUAGAUGGACUGUCAUCUGGGAUGAGGUACUCUGUUUGCCUCUUUGCGAAAGGUAGUGCAGCUGGAAAAGAUCCUUGCAUCGACUUCUACACAUUGGACAACAUAGAAGAUGAUGGGCAGAACCAGCUUUUCAUGAUUAUAAGCGGGAUUGCCUGUGCUUUGGUUCUGCCUCUCAUUGCCCUGCUGAUCUAUAAGAUCCUGGCUCUGUACUGUAAAGGAAGCAGCACGGAGUUGGAUGAAGAAGAACUAGAAAAAGAGAGCUAUGUCAAGUUUGAGACCAUUUCAAUGAAACAAAGGACUAUGAACUCUCACCCAACUGAACUUUGGGCAAGGAGACCAACUCAUGAAUCAGAGCGAAUGCUCCUGUGUUCCAGGUCAAGCAUUGACUCCCAGAUGACCUAUAAGAGUGACAGUUCCCGGUCUGAAUAUCUCUGCUGAUUUAAGAACCCAUGGCCAAUGCCCAAACACCAUGCUAGUAUUACAUUAUUUUAAACACUCUUUAUAUGCCUUUCAUGACAAAGACAAAAAUUAUUACCUAUAAAGUCAUAUAUAAAUUUUUAUAAUCAUGUUGUGAUGAAUGGCACAACACAUUCUUCUGCACUUUCCGGUAUCUACUCAUUUAUAAAGAUUUAUAUAAUGAAGUACAAAAGUGUUUUCAAUGCAGAAUCACUCCAAUGUGUCCAAUAUUUUUAUCUAUGUCCUUAUGUCUUGGAGCCUUACAUUAACAUCCAUUUAUUAAGUAAUACCACAGCCCAGCACCUGUAUGGGAUUUAAAACUAUACCUAGUAUCAUACAAAGAGCCAGUCAGUUAACGAUGUCUGGUUUUUGACUGUUUUCAAUGCCAAAGUUGCAAUGUGUCAGAUAUAAAUAUUGUGGUGGUGUCAGAGAAAAUCUAUAAUACUCCCCAUCACAUUUACAGCAUCAUUGUCACUUUAAGCAUCAAGCCGACUGUGGCCUUACUGGACAAGAAAGUACUGUCAGUGUGUGAUAGAAUACAGUGUGUGACUUUUUGCCACUUUAUAUGAUUAUAUGUAUAUAACUGUCUAUAAAUGAAGCUGCACAGUUGUUUUUAAUAAAUUGUUGAAUUUUGUGUUGAAUACUA